UUAUAACAUCCCCUCGGCCGGCUCCCCCCUCAGUGCAGUUUCCUUGGAACCACCUUCCCUUCCACUGGCUCCGGUCUCCUCGCCCGUCAUCUGAGAAGCUCCUCGGCGGCUUAUCUUGGGCUCACUGUUUACCCUGUGCAGCCUGGCAACUGUCCGCAUGCCUGGAAUUAUCUCACGAGCUCCCUUUCAACACGUCACGAGAAGUUUUGCUGUCGUUUAGCCUGCUUCUGCAGGAGAAAAAAAGUGAGAGGAGUCUGGGGGUACAAGGUGAAGCCCGAGAAGGAGCGCUGGAACUCAGUCGCUGCUUUUGUCUGACUUUUCCGUCCUCGCUUCGUACGGCCCGCUUCGGGCGCUCGGUCGGGGAGCCGCUGCCUUGCAUGCGAUGGAUCACACGCUCUUCGGCUGCCUGCGCAGCCCCCACGCCUCCUCGCAGGCCCUGCACCCCGCCUUCGCGCAGUCCCCGCUGGCCCUGCACGGGCGCUCGGACCACGUCUCCUACCCGGAGCUGGCGGGCGCCUCGCCCCCCUGCGUGGGCUACCCGGGUGAGGAGGCGCUGUUCGUCGGAGGGCCCCACCACCGGGCGCAUCCCGGGCCGCAGCAUCACCCGCAGCCUCAGCCGCAGCCGCACCAGCACCAGCACCAGUCCAGCUGGCACAUUCCGCAGAUGCCCUCCUCCGCCCCCGCCAACCCCCGGCACAGCCUCUGCCUGCCUCCGCACAGCGCCGCCUCCCCGGACCUGGGCCCCGGCGGCCCCAGCUUGUGCGCCAGCACCCCCAGCCUGGGCGGCGGCGCCCCCACGGGGGCCUCCUGCGUACCCGGGGACUUUGGGCGCCAGACCCUGUCCCCCGCGGAGGCGGAGAAGCGCAACGGCAAGAGGAAGAGCGACAGCUCAGAUUCCCAGGAUGGGAAUUAUAAGUCAGAUGUAAGCAGCAAGCCCAGGAAGGAGAGGACUGCGUUCACCAAGGAGCAGAUUCGAGAACUCGAGGCCGAGUUUGCGCAUCACAACUACCUGACGAGGCUGAGGCGCUACGAAAUCGCCGUGAACCUUGACCUCACGGAAAGACAAGUGAAAGUUUGGUUUCAGAACAGACGGAUGAAGUGGAAGCGUGUGAAAGGAGGACAGCAGGGGGCUGUAGCUCGGGAAAAAGAACUGGUCAAUGUAAAAAAGGGCACACUGUUGCCUUCAGAGUUCUCGGGCAUCGCAGGACUCCGUCAUUCAGCAGACUCCCUUGUCAACGAGGACAGCCAUGACAGCGAUCAGAGCUCUGAUCAUGCUCACUUAUGAUAAACUGAAGAUCACGCCCAACCGCCGCUGGCCCUGCCUCCACACUCAGGAAACUCAUGUCUUCUGUAGGACAGCAUUUCUAAGAAAACAAUAAUAAAGCAAAAAUUACAUGGAGAUAUAUUUAGAAAUGCACAAAGGAAUGAGAUCUGUGGGGAUGUAAAAGUUGUUUUGUUUCACCAAAAGUUUUACACAAACUUUCAGAAAACUACAAUCAAGACAAAAUUAUUUCAAGCAUCAUCAGAAGUUUAAUAGACUGCACCGAUAAAAUGUGAUCCAGUGUCCAAAGAAGGAUUUUGAAUAUUGUUUUUACAGAGUUAAAAAGUUCCGAUUCGGCCUUUGUAUUGUGAACAUUCCAUACUGUAUGUCCUUUAAUGAAAAUGGGAAAGGUGUGUAUUAACUUUUUGCACUGUUGAUUACUUGCCUGUAUUGGUUUCUACUGUAUGUUCUGAAAGAUACGAUGAAAUCGAAUUAUGAUCAAAUCAAAUUUGCAGGAGAAUCAAAUAAUUAUUUUGUUCAGCAUAUAUUUGUAUAUAUACAAAUUGUGUAAAUAGCUGUACCUUCAUUCAUUCUAACAAUUUCCUAUCUACAGUA